AUGCCAACGCAAAGCUUCUCCAAUGCUGCGGAUGAGCUCGAGUACUACAAGAACCUCGCAAGAAAAAAUGAAGAUGAAUUGCUCGAAACCAGAGCCAUGCUCGAGGACUUUCAGCUCUCAUCCCGAGAGCUGGAAGACGAACUGGAGAAGGAGAUCGACUCUACAGAACGCAGAUACAACGAGAUCAGGAUCAGGAACGAGGCCAUGAAGCAGGAGGUCGAAGACUGGAAGGAAAAAUAUCAUCAGGCAGUCAAGGAGUCGAAUGCCAACAUCAAUCAGCUUUCACGCCAACUGGAGGUGCUCAAGCAGCAGACAGCCGAGUUCAUCAAGACGAGGCGUGAACUGGAGCAGGAGAACGAUCAAUUGGAGAAAACAGAACGAGCUGCCACGUGGUCGAUGCAGGAAAUCACGACCAAGUACGAUGCUGCGGUUGAACGUGUGGCGAUUCUGGAGAAUGAGGUUUCCACCAAGGCCAGUCUCUCAGAGGAGGUCCAAAGACUGAAAGACGAGUUGCGAGAUGCCAAUGUCGAGCUGGAAAUUAUGAAGGCAAACCAGAAGUCAGGAUUGGACAGAUCAAACAACAGCUUGAGUUCUUACAACGGCAGCACUUCUUCGCUGGCGGAAGGACAGUCCCCAAGACCAUCGAUCGGAAGCAACUAUGAGGCCAUGCCGUCGCUCAGGGCGCGUCUUGCCAACAACAGUGCCCUCCAAAGGUCCGCGUCUCGACUUGCGUCUUCGGGAUCAACAGCGGCCAAAACAGCAGCUGGAGCCGCUACAGGACCUGCGCCAGGUCACAACCCUGUCCAAGUCGUCCAAGACAUGGUUGGACGUGUCAAGUCUUUGGAGGCGCGUUUGGUUUCUUGCCGGUCGCUUGUGACGCCACUGUUGCAACCACCUCCUUCAUACUCAACCACCCCUAGCACAGGACGCAAUUCAUGGCAAGGAAGUCAGAUCAGCACCAGCACGACGGGAUCGGACAGCACUCGCCUGGGAUCAUCCCCAGCAACGUCGCCCAGUUCCCUGUUGACUAGCCCCAAAGUCAGCCGGCGCACAUCCUUGCUUCUUCAGCAGCAUCUUCAGCAACACCGCGAGCAGCGUGAACAACAGAAGCUUCGGGAGCAGCAACGCGUCAUGGCUAUGGCCGGAUCUGCCAUCUCGACCUAA